UUACAAAUUGUUUAAAAUGAGCACAAAUACUCGAAAAGGUCCCAUAUUCGAUCCCGGUGUGUGUAGAUGUUGUGGUGCUAUUAAAAAGUGUCGCCUUUUGAAUGUGGAAUACGAAUGGCAAGGACGAAAAGAGAUAUAUUCGGAUAUGUUUGUAGAUUGUUUUGGUUUGCUGCUAUCACACUUGGACGGAGAAGCCGAGGAACAUUUAAUAUGUGCGACGUGUGUGUCUCGGCUGCGGGAGGCGAGCUGCUUUCGCCAGCAAGUUCUUCAGUGUGAAGAAAAGUUGUUGAGAACGAAGAUUCACGAUGAAGGUGAUCCGAACGAUGUUAAAAUGGAAGCGAGUGUCAAAGAAGAGAUCAACAUUAACCUUGAACUUGAUUAUCCAGAUGAUGCAGACCAUAUCGAUAACGAUACCGAAGAAAUGAAAGUCGAACCAGUGAACAAACACAAGAGGAAACUGAGGCAGAAGUUGAAGUCUAAUAAAAAACGAAAAGGGGAGAAGAAAGAAGACGAACUUACGAAAGAAAUGCUGUACGAUGCACAGAGGCUCAACGAGAAGUUGAAAGAAUUGCAAGAUUUGGAAUUGCCAGAUAAGUCAACACAAUCACAAAAACUAAACGGUUACAAGACGAACGAAAAUACAAAAUCGUUCCACAAUAUAGUGACAAUCGUUGAGAACUCGUACGCUUGCCCGUUCGACACAUCGUUCAGUGAUUACUUCUGCGUUUAUUGCCGACAAGUCUUCACCGAUCCCAACAAACUGCGAGAACAUUCCAUGACUCACGAUCCUACUACUUUCAAAGAUGUCUUGUCCAAUAGUUCUAGUAACAAAAAAGUCCAAAUCGAUACUUUUAGAAUAGACUGUCGUAACUGCUCAGAGAACAUACAAGACUUGGAACAGUUUAAAGAACACAUAACCAAUUGCCAUGCGAAGUUAUACUACUCCGACUCCAAUGAAUUCUUGAAGUUCCGACUCACAUCCGGUUCGUUGAGUUGCACGGAAUGCGGUGCUAGUUUUAGUUUUUUCCACGCUUUAAAGAAACACAUGGCCGAACACUUCGGUACUUGCAUAUGUGAUAUGUGCGGUGCCCAUUAUUUCGAAGAGAGAAUGCUGAUCCUGCACCAGAAAACGCAUCAGCGAGUGGAGGAGAGCUUCGCUUGCAAAGAAUGCGGGAAAUCCUUCAAGUCGAAAUACACAAGAUAUAUUCAUAUCGCACGAACACAUAAGAAGGAGGCGGCUUACCAGUGCAAUAAAUGUGAUGAAGUAUUUUUUUCCUACACGUUAAGGUAUCGUCACAUGAUAGAGAUUCAUGGGGAAGAGAGGACGUUUCAGUGCGAACAGUGUGACAGGGCAUAUGAUAGCAGGAAAUCUCUUCGCGAACACAAUAGAAGGUUUCACUUGAAGAUACUAAAACACCAAUGCGAUUUGUGCGACAAACGUUUCUACCUACCAUCGAGGCUGAAGGAACACAUGGCGAGUCAUACAGGGGAAAGAAACUUCCGUUGCGAAUACUGUGGAAAGAGUUACCCAAGGUUAAGGGGUUUGAAGGUUCACAUGCAAUCUCACAGCAGCGAGAAGAAAUAUAAAUGUGCUUUGUGUAAUGCGUCGUUCACGCAGAACGUUAAUUUGAAGAAUCACAUCAAAAGGCAGCAUCAGGCCAUGGAUUUGGAAGAAAAUUAUCACGAAGAAAAUCUUAAAGAUGACCCUCGUGCUGGCGGUCCAGUUGCCACCACUGCGGCAAAUGCGCAAAUUGUGAAACUUUUACUUGAAGACAUCAUUUUAUUAUUAAAAAUGAGUGCCAAAAAAGGAAAAGGACCGGUUUUUGAUCCGGGUCUUUGCCGCUGUUGCGGAUCUAUUAAAAAAUGUAGACUUUUGAAUGUGGAAUACGAGAGUUUCGGUAAAAAGGAAAUAUAUUCAGACAUGAUAAUGGAUUGCUAUGGCCUACUCCUAUCCCACUUAGACGGCAAGCCAUCAGAACGUCUUGUGUGUGCUACAUGUGUACAGAGGUUGAGAGAGGCGUUCACCUUCAGGCAACAGGUUUUAAGAUGUGAAGAAGCAUUUUUACAAGUGAAGAUGUAUGACGAGGAGACCAAAGAGAAAAGUACAAAACCGGACACAGGUGAGGAGAAAAUCGAAGUAGAAGUCAAAACUGAACCACAAGAGAAUGAGGAUGAUAAUUAUGUUCAAGAUUCACCACCGAGAGACGCACUGGCCGAGGAUAUGAACUACGAUGUAAAACCAGAGGCAAUGGCGCAGGACUCCUCAAACGACGACAUACCAUUACAGCAGAUAGUUGAUCGACCCAACAAAGUUCAAAAGGCAGACCUGGUCCAAGCAAACGGAGAUCUCACAAGAAAUGUUGCAGAAACACCAAAGAUACCGAUGUCGAAAUUACAGCAGCGCAUGCGCGAACGAGACCCGUCCUACAUCACCGAGACGAACAUCCUGACAAUAGUGGAAUUCUCCUACGUGUGCCCGUUCAAGUGCAGACACAACCACCUCCUCUGCUUCUACUGCGGGGAGAACUUCUCCGACCCCGAACUCCUGAGGAGUCACACGUUGCACAACCAUCAUCCGAAGAAGUUCAAGAUAACGGAACACAAGAAUAUGCUCAAGAUAGAUCUGACCAGAAUCGACUGUCGACUUUGUCCGGAACGGAUAACGACGCUGGAUGACUUCAGGCACCACAUAUCGAGCGUCCACAAGAAGAAAUACUACUUCAACAAUCGUGAUCUUCUCCUGCCGUUCCGUUUGUGUAACAAUGAAUUCAAGUGCGCGCUCUGUGACUGUGUGUUUCCGUAUUUCCAUGCCCUGAACAAACAUAUGAACGAACAUUUCAGUAACUAUGUGUGCGAGACGUGCGGUCUGGGGUUCGUGGACCGAGGCAGGUUUAUAAUGCAUCAACAGAGACACGAGGAAGGGGAUUUCCCUUGUGAGGUGUGCGGUAAAGUGUUCAAGGCCCAGUACAACAAGGAAUUACACGUGGAUAGGGUCCAUAAGAAAAGAGGUAGAGUAUACUGCCCCAAGUGUGACGUGAGACUGAUGACAUACCCACAGAAGUUGAAACACUUGGUGGAAGUCCACGGCGAGGAGCCGCUCUCGUUUCCCUGUAACUUGUGCGAUAAAGUUUGCGAGACGAGAAGGAAAUUGACAAUUCACAGGCGAAAGGAGCAUUUGAAGGAUUACAGAUAUGAAUGUCAAUGCUGCGGCCAGAAAUUCUUCACCCGUUUCGCGCUCACCAACCACAUGCCCACACACACAGGCGAGAGGAACUUCAAGUGUAAAGUUUGCGAGAAAACAUACCCUCGGUUAAAGACGCUUAAGGACCAUAUUCGCAUACACACGAACGACAGACGCUACCGGUGCCAUAUAUGCGGACAGGCCUUCAUACAGAACUGCAGUCUGAAGGGGCAUAUGAAGAGCCAGCAUCCCGAAUAUAGUUAA